UAUAUAUAGACACACGCCCUCCCUUAUUUCCUAUCCAUUGCACACAUUCCAAAACCAAAAACACACUGGAGCAAGAGAUUAAUUGAUGAAAAUGGCUAUCUCCACAAAGGAUGUGGGCAUAUCCAUCCUGUUGUCCAUUGCACUUGCGUGGAUAACCAAGUCCUUAUUCCCAUCACAACCAUUCAUUCCACUCCUCAUCCCCCUCUUAUUCACCCUCACUUAUCUCAUGUUCUUUUCUGGCAAUGCUAAUGCUGGUUCCAACACUCCGCCGGGCCCGACCGCGAUUCCGGUCUUCGGAAACUGGCUGCAGGUCGGCAACGACCUCAACCACCGCUUCCUCGCCCGCAUGGCCGCGAAAUACGGCCCCGUCUUCCUCCUCCGCCUCGGCGUUCGCAACCUCGUGGUAGUGUCGGACCCGCGCCUCGCCACUGAGGUCCUCCACACACAGGGAGUGGAGUUCGGGUCGCGGCCGCGGAACGUGGUGUUCGACAUCUUCACGGCGAACGGGCAGGACAUGGUGUUCACGGAGUACGGGGAGCACUGGCGGCGGAUGCGGCGGAUCAUGACCCUCCCCUUCUUCACCAACAAGGUGGUGCAGCAGUACAGCCCCAUGUGGGAGGAGGAGAUGGCCGCGGUUGUCGACGACCUGCGCGCCGACCGCCGCGCCCAGCAGGAAGGGAUGGUGCUGCGGCGCCGCCUGCAGCUCAUGCUCUACAACAUCAUGUACCGCAUGAUGUUCGACGCCCGGUUCUCGUCCGACACCGACCCCCUCUUCCUCGCCGCCACCAAGUUCAACUCCGAGCGCAGCCGCCUCGCGCAGAGCUUCGAAUACAACUACGGCGACUUCAUUCCCAUCCUCCGCCCUUUCCUCAGGGGUUAUCUGCACGAGUGCCGGGACCUGCAAUCCAGAAGGCUAGCUUUCUUCAACAACAACUACGUCGAGAAAAGAAGGAAAUAUUUGGCCGAAAACGGCGGUCGGAGCAAGCUGCGGUGCGCCAUGGAUCACGUACUCGAAGCGGAGAAGAACGGCGAGAUCAGCUCCGAGAAUGUGAUCUACAUCGUCGAGAACAUCAACGUCGCAGCUAUAGAGACCACACUGUGGUCCAUGGAGUGGGCCAUCGCCGAGGUCGUGAACCAUCCGGAGGUGCAAUCGAAGAUUCGGAAGGAGAUCGACGAUGUGCUCGGCGACGCCGAACCCGUGACCGAGUCGAACCUGCACAAGCUACCGUAUUUACAGGCCGUCGUGAAGGAAACACUGAGGCUGCACUCGCCAAUUCCCCUCCUGGUCCCCCACAUGAACCUGGAGGAGGCCAAGUUAGGGGGGUACACGAUUCCCAAGGGCUCGAAAAUCGUGGUCAACGCGUGGUGGCUCGCGAACAAUCCUGAGCUGUGGAACAAUCCGGAGGAGUUCCGGCCGGAGCGGUUCUUGGAGGAGGAACAAGGCGUCGAUGCGCUCGUGGGCGGCAAAGUCGACUUUAGGUUCCUGCCUUUCGGCGUCGGUCGGAGGAGCUGUCCCGGGAUUAUACUCGCAUUGCCGAUCGUCGGGCUCGUCGUCGGGCGACUGGUCAAGAACUUCGAGCUGGUGCCGCCGCCGGGCGUGGACAAGAUCGACGUGAGCGAGAAGGGCGGGCAGUUCAGCUUGCACAUCGCGAAGCACUCCGUCAUCGCCUUUCGGCCGAUUUCGGCGUAAAAUUGGACGAACUGGACUGGUUCGAAUUUUACAAGGAACAAAUUAAAAACAAAACGAUCGAGAAAUAAUUCAGAUCAAGUACUUCAUUCGUUUUUAAACAAUUGAAUGUAGUGUGAGUACCAUGUAUUCCUUAAUUAUCUCCAUAUGUGUGUAACGUUAAUUUGCUUGUGGAUUGGCAAUAUAUACAUUCCAAAUAUAUAUACUUGAGCUUUAUUAAGCA